AAGAGACACGGAUGCACUCAAGCUUGCAAUACUUCCUCUCACUCCUUAUUUGACAGGGCUUUACAAGAAAUGAUGGGAGAUUUUUGGAAGGACUCUACCUGACAGCUCUUCCUCAGCUUUCAUAUGACCAGAGACAACUCAUUGGAAGUGGAUAAUUUUUUUCCACCUCAUGGUCUGUUCUUCCAACAUGGACUUGGACACAGUAACACAGAGCUGGCGGAACAUUCCAUUCAUUCAUGUUAUAAAGAGUGUCCACCUGGAUAUCAUAAAGAAGGAAACUGUGACAACCCCUUUCCAAAGAACAGAUGUAAAAAAUGUGGCAGUCACACAUUCACAGCGAAACCCAAUAGCCUGGAGGAAUGCCUGAGGUGUGACGUGUGUGGUCCUUAUGAAGUGGAAAUACAGCCAUGCUCCUUUCACAGUGAUGUGGUGUGUGCGUGCAAGGAGGGAUACUACAACGCAGGGUCCCAAGAAAGCCUCAAUUGCCUUGCAUGCUCGUGUGAAGCUUGUAAAGAUACUGGAAAGCGCAUUCAUGACCAACAGAAUUGUGAGGCAUGCUUCAAGGAACAGUGUUUAAAAGAUGCAGAAUGCGAGAGAAAAUGUACAGCUACAACUGCAGCUGUCUUUAUAGCCACAUUAACAACAACAAGACGCCCCAAUUCAAAACAGGACAGAACAUCACUUAAUCAAAAUCCACUUCACGUAGCAGGUGAUGGCCAAUGGAUGUUCAUCUUCCUGGCUGUGAUGCUAGUUUGGCUUCUGGUGUUCUGCAUCUGCUUUGCCUUCUACUUGCGGUCUUCUCCCAGCUGGAGAAUCAACAAGAACUAUGAGAUCCCUACUCAAGUUUUCAAUGGUACUCUAAAAGCUCACAGUCAUCCAGGCAGCAGCCCAACCAUGCUGACAGUUAACGUGUGUGAGGAAACCCCCAUGAUGACACCCUGUCAGAGUUCAGCAACACCAGCACAUCUCGACCACAUGGACGCGUCGCUAACAGACUCCCAACACAAAGAUGGCAGACUAGAGGAGCCAAGCAGUCACUGGCCGCCCAUCGUCCUCUACGCUAUCAUUAAUGAGGUCCCCCUGCGCCGUUGGAAGGAGUUCUUGAGGAUGCUCUCGGUGGCAGACCAGCAACUGGAACGAGUGGAGUUUGAAGCCGGCUUGGGCCUGCUGGAGAAGCAGUACCAGAUGCUGCGGCUGUGGAGCCAACGCUCCUCUGCCAGCCUGGAACGCAUCUUCUCCGCCUUGCAUUACAUGAAUUUGUCCGGCUGUGCUCAGAUGCUGCAGGAGACCCUGGAGAGACUUCAGUGGAGGGAUCAGCCAAAGGAUGAAUUCACAGCCUGCUGAGACUUCAGGUCAAGUAAAUGUCAAGUAAUACGACAGGAAAGAUUGUAUUUUCUCAAGACUUGCAUAUGAACAAUCGGGGAACUCAAAUGGCAAUAUCACAAGUUUAUUUUAUUUAAUACAUGAGGGAUCAAGAUCCAUUGUCCUUUUCUUUCAGCAUCCAAUCUCUUUCGGUCUUUACUUGAAGUUUGUAAGUGACAGUGAGCAUGUCGAUCUCAGCGGUGGGAAGUCACAAACUAAAAAUGCUUGGCCACGACACUUAAGUGUUUACUUUUUGGGUACAAUGAACCCCUGCAUAUUUGCAGUUAUGAUUUUGCCUAUUCGCAGAAUUUCUGGGGGACCAAUCCUCCUUUAUUUCAUGAAAAACUCACCUAUGUGCUGUUUUUGUGCUCAGUAACAGUAUUGCUUUGGUGCCAGGGAACUCUUUGGAAGUGAGUUGAGGAGGAUCAAGCAGAGAGUCUUAAUGACGAUAGCAACAGAUUUAAAGAAAAGCAAGAUAUUCCCCAUCUAUAACCUUAUUUUUUUAAAGAGAUUUUUUUUAUGUUUUUGUCUUGUACCAGCCUAAAAAAACACCAGUACCAGACGUGCAUUUUUUCAAUUAUCAGGAAGCCCAAUUUUCUUGUUUCUCAGUUCACAAUUUUACCAAAGCUAUAGACAGCAUAGCAUACAGUAGAUAGCUUUUAUAGCAUAAAAGUCAGGCCAGUGUUAGCUAGAGUGCUAACGCAUUGUGAUUUAUUUAAUUUUUCUUCUUCUUCUUCUCAGUUUGAGCACUAUGUAAGCCAGUAAGCCUAUUUCUUAUGCAGAUUAGUUUUUCUUCUCAUUGUGCCAAGUAAUCAACAGGUAUUGUAAAUAAUUGACAUCCAUCCAUCCAUCCAUUUUCUGAGCCGCUUCUCCUCACUAGGGUCGCGGGCGUGCUGGAGCCUAUCCCAGCUGUCAUCGGGCAGGAGGCGGGGUACACCCUGAACUGGUUGCCAGCCAAUCGCAGGGCACAUAGGAACAAACAACCAUUCGCACUCACAGUCAUGCCUACGGGCAAUUUAGAGUCUCCAAUUCAUGCAUGUUUUU